AUGGCCGCUUCAACGCCCAUAGAGGGCUAUUCACGCCCGAUAACCCCAAACUCAACGACCAAUGGCUUUCCAAACGGCUCAAUGUCACCCACUACACCAAUCGCCAAAACCGGCCUGUCGCUGACAGAAUACACCGCCAAUCCCUCCCCACCAUCAGGACUGCGAUCCAAGGCGCAAUUGGCAGUCCCGCAAGCAUUCGUGCUUCCAAAUGGCUAUCCUGAUUAUUUGCGACUCAUCCUUACAUCUCGCGUGUACGAUGUGGUGGAAGAGACUCCUCUGACGCAUGCUAUCAAUCUGAGCAAUCGACUUGAGAGUAAUAUCUUGAUAAAGCGCGAAGACCUGCAGCCCGUGUUCAGUUUCAAGCUUCGCGGGGCGUACAACAAGAUGGCGCAUCUGGAGUCUAGGGAAAGGUGGAAGGGUGUCGUUGCGUGUUCAGCGGGAAACCAUGCCCAAGGCGUUGCCUACUCCGCUCGGAAGCUCAAGAUUCCUGCUACCAUCGUGAUGCCGUCUGGAACGCCUGACAUAAAGCACAAGAACGUGUCAAGACUUGGGGGAUCAGUGGUGCUGCACGGUGAUGAUUUUGAUGCUGCAAAGGCUGAAGCCGCACGUCUGGAAAUAGCUCACGGCCUAGUCAGCAUACCACCAUUCGAUGACCCGUAUGUUAUCGCAGGACAAGGCACCAUCGGCAUGGAAAUCCUUAGGCAGACGAAUCUUCAAGAUCUUGAAGCGAUAUUCUGCUGUGUAGGAGGUGGGGGACUCAUUGCAGGCAUUGGCGUGUACAUCAAGCGUAUCGCCCCACACGUCAAAAUCAUUGGUGUAGAAACAUAUGAUGCAAAUGCGAUGGUUCAAUCACUGCGUCUGCGCAAAAGGGUAGUGCUGAAGGAUGUCGGGUUGUUUGCGGAUGGUGCCGCUGUCAAGACGGUCGGAGAAGAGACUUUCCGCAUAUGCUCCGAGGUAGUUGACGAAGUCAUCGAAGUCACGACAGAUGAGACUUGUGCAGCCAUCAAGGACAUGUUCGAAGACACCCGCGCCAUCGUUGAACCAGCUGGAGCACUCGCCCUUGCAGGUAUCAAGAAGUAUAUCAAGAUGCAUCCGUCUGCAAACACCAACCGAGGUCUGGUUGCAAUCGCAUCUGGUGCCAACAUGAACUUUGAUCGUCUUCGCUUCGUGGCUGAGCGUGCAGCUUUGGGAGAGAACAAGGAGGCGUUGCUCAGCGUUGUCAUACCGGAACAACCUGGCGCAUUCGCAAGUCUUAUAAAGAAUGUGAACCCCCUCUCUGUAACCGAAUUCAGCUAUCGUCUACGGAAUGCCAACAGCGAUGGCAAGGCACAUAUCCUCAUGGGUGUUUCCAUGAACGCCAUGACAAGGAGAAAAGAUCUUGCGACGCUUAUUCAGCGACUCGAGGCUGACGGUAUGAAAGCAACGGAUCUGUCUGGUGACGAGCUAGCCAAGUCGCAUCUGCGUUAUCUUGGAGGUGGAAGAAGCAAUGUCCAGGAUGAACGUCUAUAUUCCUUUGAGUUUCCGGAGCGACCAGGCGCGCUGUUCAAAUUCCUCACCACUCUACAACCAGGCUGUAACAUUUCUCUCUUCCACUAUCGGAACUAUGGCGGUGAUGUUGGAAAGAUUCUUGCUGGCAUCCAAGUCCCAGCGGGCCAGGAAACGGGAAUCAAAGAGUUCCUGAAGGAAAUACGGUACCCGUUCACGGAAGAGACGAAUAAUCCGACAUACCAGGCUUUCCUCUUGGAGUAA